UCCCUAGCUCCAAUAGUUUUGUUUUCGGAUUCUAAAAUGAUUUCCGCCUUCCAAGAUCUGUACAAAAAAGGGCUGGAUGCCGGUGAACAGCAGAGGCAACGUCAGAAGGAGCUGCUCGAGCAGCAGAAACUGCGCCGUCACCAGGAGCAGGAUGUGACCAGGCCGCUGGCCCAGAAGAACACAAAGCCCUCGGGAGCGCCGCCAAAAAAAAACCAGCGAAAGCAACGUGCUGGCGGUGUCCAUGCUCAACAUAAGCGCUGUCCCUUCCGACCGCAGCUUUCGGAGUGGCUGCGCCAAAAGCCGGAGGAUUUGGACGCGUGGCAACUGGUGCCAUGUCCAGCCGGAGCACGGUGCCUUGUGGUAGCCAAUAGCGGAAGGACGAGGGCGUACUACAAGAGCGGUUGGCAGUUUGAGGAUUUUCGGUCGUCGCUGCCCGGAGACAGGCUUCUCCAGCGAUCGCAGACUGUCCUAGACUGCAUCUAUGUUAAGGAGACGGACUCUUACUAUGUUCUGGACGCCAUCAGCUUUGGCCAGCAGGAAUUGCAGGAGUGCGAGGCAAAUUUCCGCUUCUACUGGCUAAAAGCACGCUUCGAUGAAAAUGAUUACGCCAGUGUUAGUGAGCACAAUGAGAAGUCAUUCUUUCUGCUGGAUCACCACAACUUCGAGGACAGCUCUGCGGUGGAGGAGACCUUACAAAAGUACCCGCUUUGGGAUGAGAACAAGCCACCUCUGGAUGGUUUCCUCUUCUAUCAUAAGGAGGCCAGUUACGUGUGCGGCUCAACGCCCCUGGUCUGCUGGCUGUUCCCCUUCAUGAUGCCGGAUGUGUUGGGACUGCCCGUGAGUAGCAGCUACACAGCUCCAGAGGAUUACGAACCCACACAGCCGCUCCUCUACAUGGAUGAGUUUGAUCGAAAGCUUAAGGAGAAAGUAGCGGCUCGCUUAAAGAAGAAGGAGCGGAGAGUUGUCCCAGAGGAGGAGAAAAUGGAGGCACAGGCUGAGGAGGAUGCGGAAGACAGCGAUGAGUACGCCGCUUUAAAGGAACUCCUCGAUCAGCAGCGGCGCCUGGAGCUCGGUGAACUCGAUAUGGACUGCGAGGAGGAGGUGGAGAAGCUGCCGUCAGCUGAUGCCGACUGCUAAGACAG